UUUCGCAUUUCCUACAUGUUCUUCGCUCAGAUUGAGGUAGAAACAGUUGAUAGAACUGGAACUUUCUUGGGCACAUUAUGGGAGUCAAGAUCCAAUGUGGCAGUGAUACUAUUAGAAGCUGGAUUGGCUAGAAUGCAAACUUCCGUUGGUGCUGAUAGAUUGCAGGAUGCUCACCUCCUCAUGCAAGCUGAACAGGCUGCCAAAAGGCAGAAACUGAAGAUAUGGGAGAAUUAUGUCGAGGGAGAGGUAGUUUCAAGUGGUGCUGUUGCUGAAAGACGUCAAAAAGAAGAGGUGAAGGUCACGGUCACUGAAGUUUUGGGAGGGGGAAAAAUUUAUGUUCAGUCGGUCACAGACCAGAAAGUCACCACCCUUCAGAGGCAGCUUGCUUCUCUCAACCUUCAGGAAGCUCCUGUAAUUGGUGCCUUCAAUCCAAAGAAAGGAGAUCUUGUUCUUGCUCAAUUCAGUGCAGAUAAUUCAUGGAACCGAGCAAUGAUUGUAAAUGCUCCUCGAGGUGCUGUACAGUCUUCUCAAGACAGGUUUGAAGUUUUCUACAUCGACUACGGAAACCAAGAAGUGGUUCCCUACAGUCAGUUGCGACCCCUUGAUGCUUCUGUGUCCUCUACUCCUGGUCUUGCUCAGCUGUGCAGUUUUGCUNAACCCCCCCAAACCAAAAAGAACCCCACUCAAGAAGGACUUGCUAGGUUGGAGAAAAGGAGGAGAUUUGAGCCAAAGGAUAGACAACAGGCUAUGGAUGAAUUGGAAAAAUACCAAAAAGAAGCAAAAGAUAAAAGACUUGGAAUGUGGGAAUACGGAGAUGUUGAGUCAGAUGAUGAGGAUUCUGCUCCCUCUGCUAGAAAAGCCGCUGGGAAACGGAUCAGCAUGUCGAACUCUCAAGCAGUACCCACACACAUCGACAAUGGUCUUGAUUUUCAUGGCGAAAAUGACAACGUAGCUGCCCUAGGAAACAAAGUGCUUCCAGUUGAUCUCGAGGGAGUACCAGUUGCAGACCCCAUCGACGUCAGUUCCUAUGUUGCCCUGAAUGAAAAUCUAGGCGUCGACCCCAAAAGUAGCAUCUGCAGAGACGUUCGAUCAGCCGGUCAGAAUGCACAGGGCGGUGAAGAAGGCGGAAUCAGCCUUCGAAUAAUAUUCGAAAUGCUGCAGGCUCAAUAA